CACACACACGCACGCACACACACACACACACGCGCGAGAGCAGCAGAUAUGCCCUCCUGUUCCAGGAGAGAUAGAGAUCAGAUUCUCCGUGCUCUUGAAGAUGAAAGCAUCUUGAGAAUGGCCCGCACGCCUUUGGAGUAGAAGUCAGCAACCGUUGCGCAUCUUUGGAAGGGAUUUUCCCCACCUUUUUUUCUGGAUUGGUGACAACAACAUCCUGUAAGAGGAGGAGAAGAGAGAGGCAUGUCGGAAAAACACGGCCUCGACGACUCCACCCGUCAGACGAUGCAACCCCCACCGUACAUCCCGGGCCCGCAGGACCCAAACGUAACACAGCACCCUAACAUGCCACCAGGCGCCCAGCCCAGCUAUCCCCCGCCGCCUCCGCCCCCGGGCUCAGAGGGAUACCUCCAAGAGACUCAGUUCCACUGUAACACAAUGGGACCCCCAGGGGCCCCACAAGGCUACACAGUCCAGACUCAGGGCCCCGGAGGAACAAUGCCUCAUCCUCCAGUGGGAUAUCUCCAUCCUGGGUACCCUCUGCAGCUGCAGCCGUGCACUGCUUAUGUUCCUGUCUACCCCAUGGCCUCGGGUCAGCCCUACAUGCCUGCGACAGGAGGUCACCCGGCAAUGCCACCGGGUCAGAUUCACCCCAUGCAAAUGCCGCCCAACAUCACCUUAAUGGACCGGCGGCCGCCGCACGACUACCUACCCAUCGCCGUGCUCACCACGGUCUGCUGCUUCUGGCCCACUGGCAUCAUCGCCAUCAUCAAAGCGGUACAGGUGCGUACGGCCAUUGCCAGAGGGGACAUGGUGACGGCGGAGAUCGCCUCGCGUGAGGCCCGCAACUUCUCCUUCAUCAGCCUGGCCGUCGGCAUCGCCUCCAUUGUGCUGUGUACCAUCCUCACCGUGGUGGUCAUCAUUGCCUCGCAGCAUCACGACGACGACUGGGAGCCGUAACGAGGCCUGGGGGAAAGGGGAGGGGGGAGCGGAGUGAAACAUCGGCUUAGAUAAUUACUUGGAAACAGGAGCACUGAUAAUAUGCACUGCUACCGCUUGCAGCCAGACUAGGCCGGUCUCACACAUACACACACACACACACAAAUAUGCGACGAAACAUGCUGCUAGCAAAUAUUCUCAUUGACAGCCAAGACGAGCAACUCGGCCGGAUGUCCGAAUGCCAAAUACAAAAUGUUAUCCAGCUAUUAGUGCAAUUAUUUUGUGUCAUGGAAGCAGUGAUGCAAUGAUCGAAUCACAAAUACGUACAAGUAUUACACCAAGUAGAGCGUCUAUAUUUACCGUAUAUGAUUGUUCUUGGGAGGUUGGGUAACCGUGCCAUGUUAAAACGGUGUGCUGCUAUUGUUUUAUUGAUAAUGCACUUGUGUAAGAGACUAAAAUUCAACUGUCGAGGGGGAAAGGAUCAAUACACAAUUUAACACACCAAAUGCAGGCUAGUUGACGAAGCGGCAACAUGGCCGAACAGGACUAUUUAUUUGGGGGGUGAUUUGUAUUAGCUAUCAAAACCAACGCUAUAUAAUAGAUAUCAGUUUGUGGAUUUCUUAAAAAAAACAUAUUUAAUGAUUUGUCAUGUGCCAGGUAUUAACUUUGUGAUCAAAUUGGCUUCACUUUAACACCUUACCGUAUUAUUCUGACUCCGAGGUGAUGACGCAGCUUCUUACGGCCGUAGUUCAAGUAUAGUGCAUGACAAUUAAUGCUUUUGUUGUGAAGCAAUUUUAAAAUUUCCCAAAGCAUCUUUCUCAGUGGCUCAUUCGGUGAAGACGAGAACAUAAGAUUUUGAUGGGGUUUUUUGGGUUGGUUUUUUUUUUUUUUUAGAAACGUAUUGGCCUAUAUUGUGUGGCGCCUAGACACUACGUGUGAAUUGGUAGCAAUUAGGAGACAAUAUUAGCUUGCAUGCCAUUCUCAGUUUGUUUCUUAAAUAUAGAGCCUUGAUGUGCACAUGUCAGCGACAAUAUACAGUAUACCUCUGCAGUUAUCCUGUGCGGUGAGGUGGGAUUUCCUUCAGUUUGAGUGUGCUUGUGAUAUGUUGCAGCAGUCGUGAGAUCAACAGUGCGGGAUGAAAACGAAUGUUCAUGAUAGAAGAGAGAGACAAAAAUAUUAAAAUGCCUAAACUUCAUAGCAUUUUUUUUUGUCCAUCUUCACUGGACUUAAAGUUCUGGUAUGUUUUUUUUUUCUUGUUUGUUUUAACUUUCACAUAUCUCUUCUACUUCCCCAUUCCUCCUUUUCCUCAUUUGAACGACACUGGUUCCAUUAUUUAAGUAAUUAUACAUGGACAUUAUUGUUUAAAUAACUGUACAGUGGUGCCUUGAGAUACAAGAGACCCGAUUGAGGAGUGCUUGAUACCACUAGACAUCUGCCCCAAAAUUUUGCUGCAGCAAAUAGAAUUAGGAAACCGUUCUUUCAAAGAGGAGCCUUAAAACUUUUUUUU